GGCGGAAGCAGAAAUCGGCAGCCGCAGUUUCACGGGGAGCCGGGCUCCACAAUUCUCCUUGGAUUUUUGCAUUAAAUUAUCAAAACGUCGUACGCAAUGAGAGGGGACCGCGGCAGGGGCCGGGGAGGCCGCUUUGGGUCCCGUGGAGGUCUGGUCCAGGGGUACCGUCCAUUUGUCCCACACAUCCCAUUUGAUUUUUAUGUGUGUGAGAUGGCCUUCCCCAGAGUGAAGCCCGCGCCCGACGAGACGGCUUUCAGUGAGUGUCUGCUGAAGAGAAACCAAGACCUGAGCCCCACACCCGCAGAGCAGUCCUCCAUCUUGUCCCUGGUCACAAAAAUCAACAACGUCAUCGACAACCUGAUUGUUGCACCGGGCAACUUUGAAGUGCAAAUUGAAGAGGUGCGUCAGGUGGGCUCUUAUAAGAAGGGCACCAUGACGACGGGACACAAUGUGGCCGACCUGGUUGUAAUCCUCAAGAUCCUCCCUACAUUGGAGGCUGUCGCUGCUCUCGGUAACAAAGUAGUGGAGACCCUUCGCACACAGGACCCUACUGAAGUGCUGUCCAUGCUGACCAAUGAGACGGGCUUUGAGAUCAGUUCAGCUGAUGCCACAGUCAAGAUCCUCAUCACCACCGUCCCUCCCAACCUGCGCAAGCUGGACCCUGAGCUGCACUUGGACAUCAAGGUGCUGCAGAGUGCGCUUGCCGCCAUCCGCCACGCCCGCUGGUUUGAGGAGAAUGCCUCUCAGUCAACGGUGAAAGUGUUGAUUCGCCUGCUGAAGGACCUGAGGCUGCGCUUCCCUGGCUUUGAACCCCUCACUCCCUGGAUCCUGGACCUGCUGGGCCACUCUGCGGUGAUGAACAACCCGUCCAGGCAGCCCCUGUCCCUCAACAUGGCCUACAGGCGCUGCCUUCAGAUGCUGGCUGCUGGUCUCUUCCUGCCCGGCUCUGUGGGGAUCACUGACCCCUGUGAGAGUGGAAACUUCAGGGUGCACACAGUCAUGACUCUGGAACAGCAGGACAUGGUGUGUUUCACAGCUCAAACACUGGUGAGGGUUCUUUCUCAUGGAGGCUACAGGAAGAUCCUCGGCCUCGAGGGAGACGCCAGCUACCUGGCAACAGAGAUGUCUACAUGGGACGGUGUGAUCGUCACUCCAUCAGAGAAGGCCUAUGAGAAACCUCCAGAGAGGAAGGAGGAGGAAGAUGAGGCUCUGGACGAGGGAGGAGACGGAGAGGACGAGAGCAUGGAGACCCAGGAGUGAUGAGGAGGAGUUCAGUCGAUAAGCCUAUUGAGGAAGUCCUUUUUAGCGGCUGUGUUGUGUACUAUGGAUGUUACCUGGACAGAAACACCAGCAGGAAAAAUGUUCCACCCGAAAGCCACUGGUCCCCUGACUGGUAUCAUUUAUUUUCAGUUUUUAUUAUGUUUUUACUUUCCCUUUGUUUGGUUUUUACGUCAUUGUUGUAACAGUAACAUCCUUAAUUAAACUUUUUUAAUUUUA